AUGACAGAACCCGCUGACGUUAUAUGGAAGUCAAAAGGCGGAAUUACACCUACCGACUCUGAAAUAGAGCAUGUUGUCCGUAGACGUAUAAGUAAGAUUGCUAUAACAGUACUCUCUAUAUUUGCUGGCGUUGGAAUAGCACUAGCGUUGAUUUACAUCAUGUAUGCAGUUGUACACAACGGGCAUGUAAUGAUAAAAGACGAAUGGCCGAUUAUGACGUGUGCGAUCAUUAUUGGCUGUAUUCUACUUGACGUCUAUGUGUUGAUUCACAUAGGUGAUCUACAGACUGGUGUACAGCCGGAGCCUUUACAUAGAGAUAUAUGUCUGGCCAUUAUUGUAGCAAAGGGAGGAGAUCCACUUUCCAUGAAGUUAUUUUCCCCAAUCGGUGCAGCGUUUGGUUUCUUGGAGACAGUUGCUGGAGAAGGCCAAAUGCCAGGAUUGGGUGCCGAUAAGUCGCUCAAAAUGCCAGGAGUUGCCCUUGCCGCCGGAAAGAUUGACAGAAGUGAAAAGUCUGUUUUGUAUACUGCCUACCAUC